AUGUCUAGACAACCCCGCGGCCAGGGCGCCUCCGCGCCUUCAACUUCCCGUCAAAACGAAUACUUCGUCCCCCGCGAUGGCAUCGACCGCGAAGUCAUCUCGGCCGACAUCUGCCGCUACCUGGGUAACGAUGCCCUGGUACGGCCUGGCCAGUAUGAGAACCCCCAGACUGGCCAAGUCGUGCAAGGCUACUACAUCACUGGCUAUCGAAACCUGACGACGGCAAUGAUUGAGGAUCUCAAAGCCGACUCUGCGCGCUGGGACGCCGAGAGGCGUGCGCAGACGUCCCGCAAUACCCCAGGAGGUAGCUUUGUCGUCGGCUAUCCUGGCAGAUCAUCGUCUAACUCACCUUUAGGCCAAUAUCGUAUGUCCGAGACGCACCAGUCUCGCCAGAACCGUGGUCCAACCGAAGGUCACUAUCCACCGGAUGCCUAUGGCCACGACGGGCCUAGAUACCCCGGAACUGGCGCUCCUGGCUACACUGGAGCGUCCCCCUCAUACUCACAACCUGGCUAUGGAGGUCCCGGCGGUGCUUACGGCUACGGGCAGUCCCCUCCGCCAGACCCAAGGUAUUCGGGAUCGUACUCGCAGGGUGGCCAGCCUCCCAUGGACGGGUUCGAUGACCGCGCUUACAUCCACACGGGCGCCAACCUCAACCGGACCGGUGCCCCGCCCCAGCCUACCUAUGUCACAGCUCCCCCAAUGCAGCCGGGAUAUCAAUCUGCUCCUUACAAUUAUCAGUCGCAGGUGCCUACUACCAACGGGCCGUCGUACUCGAGUAUGCAGGCUCCCGACUCAUCCUUCAGUCGAGUGUCACCAGCAACCCAGGUCCCCCCCGCAGGAUAUUCCCAAGGACAGUAUGCAGAAGUCUCAAGUGGUCGUGCCUCUGUGGCUCCCCCUUCCGCACCCACUCCAUCAAACAGCUCCUCCAAGCGUCGUAGUGACCGAGAUGACGACAGGCACACUUCAUCUGACCGCCACCACCGGCAACCUCGUCGGUAA